AUGGAAGAUAUCAAGAUUCUAAGCCGCAAUCCAUCACACUAUAAGCGAGAAACAAAGACAGAGCUUCACCCAGUCCACAGAAAUAUUUCUAAAAACAGCAAUCCGUUGGAGACAGUCAGAGAGUACCAGAGAGCGUUAAAUGCACAGAAGUUGGAGAGAGUCAUGGCCAAGCCGUUUGUUGGCGCAUUGGAGGGACAUACUGAUGGUGUGUCAAUUAUCGCGCGACACCCAGCAAAAUUGAACGUCCUCUGGAGCGGAGCGCAAGACGGCCAAAUCAGAAAGUGGUCACUGACAAGCCGGAAGACAACGAGGAAAAUCCAAGCUCACGAUGGCUGGGUUCGCGGCCUCGCAGUUUCAAAAACGGACAAGAUUGUAACAGUUGGUGUUGACAAGCAAAUCAAACUUUGGAAUGGAGAUGAAUUCUCUGAGGCGCCAGAGAUUGCGACAAUUAUCGGAAAAUCGCCAUUUACGUCGUGUGAUUUUGCUCUAGAAAUCGAUGAUUUUCACCGGGUAAAAGACGAAAGUUCGAAAUUCCUCACCAGCUCCUCUGUCGUCGAAUAUUGGGACUCGACCAGAUCCGACCCUAUUCGCAGAUGGCAAUGGGGCCAUGACAGUUACAACAGAGUAAAAUUCAACCCAGUAGAAACUGAUCUUGCUUGCACGACAGUGUCAGAUAAAUCUGUCGUUCUAUACGAUGUUCGAGCAGACGAACCGAUGAAGAAAAUGAAAUUGGACAUGCAAAGUAAUGGAAUUUCUUGGAACCCGCAGCAAGCCAUGCUGUUUACAGUUGCUAAUGAAGAUAACAAUCUGUAUACUUUCGAUAUUCGUAAUCUUUCUGAAGCCUUUUCCAUUCACGUGGACCAUACCGACGCCGUUUUGGAUGUCGAUUGGUCUCCAACUGGCAGAGAGCUUGUAUCAGCAAGUUAUGAUCGAACCGUGAGAAUAUUCCAACAAGGGAAAAAUAGAAGCAGAGAAUGUUAUCACAUCAAGCGGAUGCAGCGCGUCUUCUCGUGUGCCUUCUCAGGUGAUGCGCAGUAUCUCAUGUGUGGCUCGGAUGAAGGAAACAUUCGUCUUUGGAAGACGGUGGCUUGGGCGAAGACUGGAGUUCUUAACUUCAGACAGAGACAAUCAUUGCAGUACUCAGAAGCGCUCAAGAAGAAAUUUGCUCAUCACAACGAUGUGCGCCGAAUCGCUCGCCAUCGUCACCUGCCAAAGACGAUUUACAAGGAGCGAAUGAAGAUGCAGACGAUGAUCAGCAGCAGAAAGCGAAAAGAACGAAACUUGCAAGCGCACUCGAAGCCAGGAGCUGUCGAGAUCAAAGGAAUGGCCGAACGAGUUGUGGAAGAGACUACGGAAUAA